UGAGUGAUCACUCCGUGGGGAGGAGCUGUUCUCAACACACGUCAACCGCGGAAAGUAAAGGUGGUGUUCAGUGUUGAUGAAGCCGCUCUCAUGUCGACUAAUGGCCCAAAGGAGACGGAGAAAGUGAAGUCCUCAUUUACUCGCCUUUCCUAAAGUCUUCAGCGGUCACUUAUUACUGCUUUUCCUAACACGACACAGCGCGCAGCAGCUACGCCCCGGGGGCCGAAAUUAAGGUCUCACUAUGUCUGAUGGGGAGUAUGAUUACCUCAUCAAAUUCCUGGCCCUCGGUGAUUCUGGUGUGGGAAAAACAAGCUUCCUCUACCAAUACACAGAUGGAAAGUUUAACUCCAAGUUCAUCACUACAGUCGGGAUAGACUUCAGAGAAAAACGAGUGGUCUACAAAUCAACAGGUCCUGAUGGAUCUUCAGGUAAAGGACAGAAAAUCCACAUGCAGCUGUGGGACACUGCAGGACAAGAGAGGUUUCGGAGUUUGACGACUGCGUUCUUCAGAGAUGCAAUGGGUUUCCUCCUGCUGUUUGACCUCACAAAUGAGCAAAGUUUCCUCAACGUCAGAAACUGGAUGAGUCAGUUACAGAUUCACGCAUACUGCGAAAAUCCAGACAUCGUUCUGUGUGGCAACAAAUGUGACCUGGCAGAUCAGAGAGCAGUCAGUGAAGAAGAGGCCCGUGAGCUGGCAGAGAAGUACGGAGUCCCAUACUUUGAGACAAGUGCUGCAAAUGGGCAGAACGUGAACCAAGCUGUGGACGUCCUGCUGGAUCUUAUCAUGAAGAGGAUGGAACGAUGCGUUGACAAGUCCUGGAUCCCUGAUGGGACCGUCCGAGUCAAUGGACCCACCAACCCCGACAUCUCGGAGAGCUCAGACAGGAGCAAAUGUGCAUGUUAGAAUGAUGAGGAGCUGUUUUAUUUACAUAUGUGUGUCUAUAAUACUGGUGAAAAAAAUAGGAAGACAACCAAGUUCAAUGUUUCACAAAGUGGGAGUUUAUAUAUUGUUUCUGUGUUAGGCAAAACUUAACAUUAAUUUGUGUCCAUUGCCUCACAGACCUUGUAUACUUUUAUUGACAUGCUUUAUUAUUUGUCAGUACAGAUUUAAGUACCUUUUGAAUAUGGACAUUUUCAUUAGGAUUAAUACCAUGGGUGUUUUGAAUAAUUAAUUCAUUUUGAUUGUGAGUAUGGGAUAUUUAUUUCUUAUGAUGCCUAGCUGAAAUAUCCAACUCUGCUCAUCAGUUGAACAUGCUGAUCAUAUUUGCAGGUAUAAACUUUACGCUCCAUGUUGCAGCAAAGCGGGCUGCCCUGCCAGGUGUGCUAUAAAUAUGCUGUUAAUACUUUCUGUGAGGUUAGCGUAGAUUCACUCAUCUAAACUCAAGAAAGAAGCCACCUUUAUUUGUAUUCCUACAGCCAGAUAGUCGUUGACUGUUAUACCUGCAGUCACUGUUUGUUGGUGGAGAGGAAUUGCCUAUGAUUGUAGUUUUAGGAAACUUUAUGUAACCAGUUAUGUACUACUGAUGCUCCGUUGAAUGUGCAGCUGAAUACUGCUAUCUCAGCUGUGCCACAGCCACAGUGUCUAUCCUGCAUAAGCUAGAUGGACACUCUAUGCCUACUGUAUUUCAUUUUCCACAUCAGUACUUGGGCUUUUUUGCCUGCAUAACAUGAAUUUUGUAACACAGUUAGACUAAGUCAUCUACACUUCAUUAUGUACAGCGACAGAUUUGCCACUAAUUACAAAAAUGAAUGCUCCGUAGUUUGAUAAGGGGAAUAAAUAUGUUCUGAAAAGCAAUAGUGAAAACUGAACAGUAAACCAGGAACCCAGGUAAUUCAGUUAAUUCAUCCUGCCGAAUAAAAAAUCCAUUCAACAAAUAAAAACAUAAAUAGAAUUUAAAAUUCUCUUAAUAUAUUUUAAACAAAGAAAUGUAAAGUCAAAAUCUUAUUGUAGCUUUUGUGCAUAUUUUUUACUGUUUUGAGCAAAAUGUAUUUCUAGACUUAGAUUGACCAUUUAAACUAAACUAUGAGUUUUGUGGACCGUUCACUCACUUGUAUUUUAGCUCAGAGCUGCAGGUUCUAUAGUGCUCUGUAGUGGACGAUCUUUGCUAACAUUAUAAAAAAUUAUAAAGAAACUUUUAUAAAAUAAAACAUUAACCUUCAGGGAAAUUUAGCUGAGGUGCUAUUUCACACAGCAAAUGCUAUAUAUUUAAUGAGUCUGGCUACUGUUUAGGUUGUGACCUACUCACUAAAUGUAUCAUAAGUCAAGAUACACUGGACUAAAUAAAUGUAUAUAGAAACCUUUAUUCAGUUGCAAGAUGCAGUGAAAAGAGGUUUUAGAUACAAGAGUAUUGCUACAUUAUUUAAUUCCCUAACCCUCAGAACAUUAUUAGAUGGAAAGUGUUUGUUUCAGGUAUUAAUGUGACCAUGUUAACUAGGCAAUACACAGUACAGUUGCCUGUCCAAUCUAUUGAUUUGGAUUUCGAUAGAUUUUGUAUUAGCAAGUUUUAUAAGUAAGGCAAUAAGGUUGGGCCUUCACUUCACUUUACUGUAUGGGAUGCAUUUAAAAUCCCAGCGUUCAUCCCUUUAGAUCAGUGUAUAACGCCACUGAUAUUUUAUAUUUUACAAGAUGGUGUAUUUACACUUAAUAAAACACUGAAGUGGCCUUGUGAGAAUAUUUAUCCAGACUGUAUUUACUGUAGUUUCAUGCACAAAUACACAUUGUUUGUAUUACUCUGUUUUUUCUGUUAAAAGGGUGAAUGUGAUGUUUUAGUUAAGACACAAAUAUAUUUUUCCUCUCACUGUUUCAAUGCACAAAUUAAAAUUUUUGAAAAUCUA